AGAAGGACCUGGUCCUCACUUCUUCCGUCAGUGGACCUCAUGGGAAAAAAUGGCAGUGGACAUCUGAGCAUCUGUAACAUGGAGACCAAUGUGUCCUAUGUGGAUUUCUACCUCCACCAGCCACUCAUAGCUGCCACCUUCAUUAUCUCCUACCUUCUCAUCUUCCUCCUCUGCAUGGUUGGCAAUGGAGUGGUGUGUUAUAUCGUCCUGCGGAGCAAACACAUGCGGACGGUCACCAACCUCUUCAUCUUGAACCUUGCUGUCAGUGACUUGCUGGUGGGGAUAUUUUGCAUGCCCACCACCUUGCUGGAUAACAUCAUAUCAGGUUGGCCCUUUGGGAGUAUUGUCUGUAAGAUGAACGGGACCGUACAGGGAAUCUCGGUGUCAGCUUCUGUUUUCACAUUGGUGGCAAUUGCUGUUGACAGGUUCCGUUCCAUUGUUUAUCCAUUUAAACAAAAGCUCACUGUAUGGACAGCGGUGGUCAUCAUAGCGGUCAUCUGGGUUCUGGCUGUUGCUAUUAUGUGUCCCUCUGCUGUGAUGCUGAAGGUACAAGAGGAAAAGCAUUUCCGGGUGGUGCUUGACUAUGGCAACAAAACCAGUCCCAUCUACUGGUGCCGGGAAGACUGGCCCAACCAGGAUAUGAGAAAGAUCUACACAACGGUACUCUUUGCUAACAUCUACCUGGCACCUCUUUCUCUCAUUGUCAUCAUGUAUGCUCGGAUAGGCAUCACCCUCUUCCACACGUCCUUGCCAGCUGGUGGAAAGCAAGGCCAAGAGCGCCACUCUGUUUACAAGAAGAAGCUCAAGGUCGUCAAAAUGCUCAUCCUUGUGGCGCUGCUUUUCAUCCUCUCCUGGCUCCCUUUGUGGACUUUGGCAAUGCUCUCAGACUACGCUGACUUGAGCGAAGCGCAGUUGCAAACCAUCAACAUCUACAUCUACCCUUUUGCUCAUUGGCUGGCCUUCUUCAACAGCAGCAUCAACCCUAUCAUCUAUGGCUUUUUCAACGAGAACUUUCGUAGAGGUUUCCAAGCAGCCUUCCAGCUUCAGCUCUGCUCUCAAAAUGUGAUGCCCCGGGAAAUGUAUUCCCAGCGGGGACAAAGCAAUGUUGUUUUACCAGCAGCGGUUCCUCAGCAGCCCAGCCAUAACCUUACAUCAACUGUUGCAAAGAGAUCGACCCCAGAAGGAAACUGGAUGGGUGAAACCCAAGUUUUGAUGAUGGAGAAUCUUGAAAAAGCCAUGAAUAACAAUGGCAUGGAACAAGACUUGGCAUAACCACCUUCAGCUGAUUUAGUUGAGUGACCUUCAUGAGCUAGUCAUGACAUUCAAGCCCUAUCUAGCAAAAAAGAAAGAAAGAAAAAGAAAAAGAAAAGUUAUUUUAGGAUUCUGUGGUCUGCACAGAAUUCAUAAUUUCUAUAUGAUAUUUGAUUGCUAGGAAUGUGGGGUUAGGAAUGCUUUUCUUACAUUAGUAUGGAUUUGGAAUGAUUCCGUCAUCAUCUAAGAGUGAUAUUUGGAUUGCUUGUCUAGCAAGACUUGCCACAGACUAAGUUCUGGAUUCUAACAGGAUGUCAUCUGUUGCCAAGCUAAACACAACAUGCAUGUAUAUAUGCGCAUGUGUGUGGAGACAUGUGGAUGCAUGUGCAAGGUUUAUUUUACAAAAUAUGUGCUGCCAUGUGCAUACAAGGUAUGUGGAUAAUACUUUUGCAGGUCAUAUUUCAUUUGAAUACCACAACAUUCAGUGGAAAAAGCUGUCAUGGGUUGCUAGAAACUGCUGAAUAAACAGAGUCUGCACAACCAAACACCUCAUGGCCGUAACUUGGGGGAUAACAUGUGAAUAUUUUAAAACAGCUCUUUUAUCAUUCAUAAAGCAGAGGAAAGCUUCCUCAGAAUUCCUAACAUCCGUACCAUUCCUCAAACGGUCCCUUUGCCCCACCCUCCUCCUCUUCUGAAAUCUGGUUGGGUUACUGACAAAGGUGGGAGCCCAAACUCUGUGCAAAAUACUGUAGAACUUCUCUUUUCAGGGCCUCCACCCAAGUAACAAAGAAUCUUGUGCCACAUUAGAUACUAUCACACUGAGGAACGCUCCAUCCAGGUGGCAGCACAUGGAUAGAGGAGAGGACAGGAGAGAAGGGGGAGAGUA